AUGACGCUCAGCGACACGUACCAGAGGUUCUUGGAGCGCCCUUCGCAGGGCGUCCUCGCGGAAAAAGCGGCGCUGCACUACAUCACAACGCUUACCAGCAUUACCGAUGCGCCCGCGAUCAUCAAGCACUUCCAGGUCCAGGAGAAGCUGCUGAAGAAGACAAAGCAGCAGGUUGUGAGCGUGGUGGAGGGCAGUCACGCACUGAGUCUGGAUGUCGAGACAACAAUUGAGUUCCUGAACGGCGGAGGCGCGUACCUGCCUGGCCUGGAUGACAAUUUUGUCGCAGACCGCACCGUCACAUUCCCUAUGGUCCACAUUGUGCACUUCGACAGCGCAGACAAGAUCACGCAGAUCCGCCAGUACUGGGACCAGGGCUCGCUGCUCAAGCAGAUUGACGUGAUAGGAGCGCGUUCUCGCAACUGGCCUAUUCGCGAAGGCCCAGAGCAGGCGAAGCUGAUCAAGUCCUCCGCUCAAGUCGCACGUCCAGACUCGGCGCCGUCUUCGCGCCCUUCGACCGCUUCGCGAGCUGCAGACGAGGUCUCAAUACGCUCACGAGGCUCCACCACAAACGCCCUCAACGACCCCCACGCUUCUCUGUCUCUUUUCGAGCGUCGCCAGAUCGACGAGGAGGAGCUGCCCAGCGCGCACCCGAUAGCACCGCGCGCAACGUCUGCGAAGCCUCCCCCGCGUGAAUACUCAGAGCUCUUCGUCAGUGGAGAUGCAGCGUCACCUUCGCCACAGAACCAGAGAAUUCCGGUCAAGGGCGGCACCAACAAGCAGUCACAGAGGAAUCGCCUGUUCGACGAGACAGAGGAGGACAACAUUACCGCAGCUACACCACUCAACGCCACCAAGAUGAACCCCAAGAAGUUCAAUCACUUCGAGUUUGGUGAUGGCGAGGACGAGACACCGCGUGGACGUAACGCAUCAAAGAAGGAAGGCCCCCGUGACAAGAGCAAGAGCCAGGCAAACUGGAACUUUGAGGACUUCGUUACUCCUGAAAAGACGAACCCCAAGAACAAUCCACAGGCUCAGCGUAACUUCAGCUGGGAAGAUGAUGAGGUCGAGACUUCGCCUGUUCGCGUCGAGCGCGUGAUAAAGGCACGCCCUGGCACGGGCCACCAGUUCGAAUUCGAAGAUGAUGGUACACCAGCUGCACGUAAAACUGUAGCUCCCACCAAGGGCGGUGUUUCGAACAAGGGUCAAGGUCUUUACGAUGAACAUGUUACCGGUAAUGACGACAACGAGGGCAGUGCUUACGACGACGACCGCCCGUUGAGGGACGUGACCAAGGCUGCCAGGAACGAGAACCGCUCAAAGGACUUCGGCGCCCACUGGGAGAUGAACGAUGACACACCCGUCGGCAAGUCUGCCGAGAACAACAAGCCUGGAAAGUCCCACCAGGCUACCAAAUCCAACUUCGGAUUUUACGAUGAGUCGCCGCAACAGGGCUACAAGAUCAACAUUGCCGGUAACGGCAUGGGCAAUCGCGCUGGUACACAAUUCUCGCUUUUUGACCAGGAGCCUGAGCCGGAGAUUGAUGACAGGACCAUUGGUGAUCACAAAGGCAUCAGGGCUACUGGCGAUGGCAUGGGUGGGCGCAAGGGUGCCGACAAGAGCUUCUGGGACUUCUAG